AUCGGAAACUAGAGUAGUUGAUUACGGGGAUGGGCAGCAAUAUGAAACGACUAUGCCCAAAGAGCAACGCAAAUUUAGUUUGCCAGCGAUCGUCUGUUAAGUUUCAGUAAAUAACGAAGUGUGCUCCGAGAAGCAGCAACAGCGGCAACGGCGGCUACAAAAUGACAGAAACGAAAGCUUCUCAUAUCGCAGCGUUGGACGUUGGGACGACGUAUUUGCGGUGCUUUGUGCUCGAUGAGAACUGCGCGGUCAAGGGGUCGGCUGCGGAUGCUGUUGAGCUAUUAAAUCCCCAGCCGGGCUAUUUCGAGAUAGAGCCCGAGGGCUUAUGGCGCAAGAUAGUCAAGGUGAUAAGAGAAUCGAUAUACAACGCAACGUUGAAACCAUCGGAUAUCACUUGCCUCACAAUUUCGACACAGCGGUGCACGUUCUUAACGUGGAACCACAGGACCAAAGAAUACUAUCACAAUUUCAUCACGUGGAAGGACUUGCGCGCGGAUGAGCUGGUCCAGCACUGGAAUUCCAGCUGUUUAUUGCGCUUCAUGAAUGCAUUCUCCUACUCUCUGUACCUGCUGACCAGACAAGCGCGCUUCUUGGCUGGCAGUGUGCUCAAGCUAAUGAACGGCCAGGUGACGCCGCGCCUCCUUUAUGAGAUUGCCCACAACAAGCGACUGCAGCGCGCACUGCACGAAAAGAAGGCGCGCCUGGAGCUACUUGAUUCGUGGAUUUUGUACAAACUGCGGUCCGGCAACGGCCUUGAUCCAGAUGUAGAACAUAUAACCGAUAUUACCUCAAGCACUGCCACCGGCCUCUACGAUCCCUUUACUCUCAGCUGGUCGCCACUUGUGCGCUGGAUGUUCGGCAUCGAUUCCAGCAUUUUGCCUCGCGUAGUUGAUAAUAGCUACAGGGACUUCGGAUACGUGCAUCCUUCGGCAUUUGGUCAGGAAUGGAACAACACUAUGAUUCCCAUUGCUGCCUCCAUCAGUGAUCAGACGGCUGCCAUGUGGGGCUCGCAGUGCUUCGCAACAGGCAAUGUGAAGAUCACCAUGGGUACUGGCGCGUUCCUAAACCUUGUGACCGGGCCAGACUGCAAGGCUGUGAUCAGCGGAAUGUAUCCACUGGUAGCUUGGCAGCUCAAGCAUACCAGUAAGCAGAUCGACACGAUCUACUGCAUCGAAGGUGCUGCCCACGACUUUGGAACCGUGGUGACGUGGGCGCAAUCCUGUGGACUGUUCGAAUCGCCCGCUGAAACCGCCGCCAUAGCUGAAUCAGUGUCAGACACUAACGAUGUUUACUUUAUGCCUGCUUUUAGCGGAUUGGGUCCGCCUGUGAAUGACUAUCGUGCUGCCAGUGGCUUCAUUGGCAUGACCCCGUCCACAACCAAAGCUCACCUGGUGCGUGCGCUGCUGGAGAGCAUCGUGUUUCGUGUGGUGCAGCUGAUUGAGACUGCGGAGCACGAAACGGGGCACAGACUGAAAGUCAUUAAAGUGGACGGCGGAGUCUCGCGCAAUGAUUUCGUUUGCCAGUUCUUGGCAGAUGCCAGCGGUCUGCACGUGGAGCGCGCCGACUGCUCAGAGUCUAGCAUAAUGGGCGCCACCUUUCUAGCAGGCGUUAAUCAUGGCAUUUGGCACACGCUCGACGAUCUCAAACGCUUCCGCCAUGUGGAGCGUAUUUUCGAACCACAGCCAAAGCAGUUCGAUUCGAUUGCUAGCCGCAUGCGAAAAUGGAGUCGAGCCAUUGAACGCUUUAGCGGCUGGUACUAGGACACAUAAAAGACUAAUUAAAUGGUUAACUUAAACUAGAACAUUUAAUUUGUUUGUGUGAAUUGUUUUCUUACAUUAAAGUUGUUAUAAAAAAAUCUA